ACACCCUCUUUCCCUCCAUCACAGCUGUGUGGCUCUCCAGAACCCUGCAGUAUGGAGCUGGUCAAUAAGACAGAGUUCUCUGAGUUCUUUCUGAAAGGAUUCUCUGGCUACCCAGCCCUGGAGCGCCUGCUCUUCCCUCUGUGCUUGGCCAUGUACCUGGUGACACUUCUGGGGAACACAGCCAUCAUAGCAGUGAGUGUACUGGACGUCCACCUGCACACGCCCAUGUACUUUUUCCUGGGAAACCUCUCCAUCCUGGACAUCUGCUACACGUCCACCUUUGUGCCCCUGAUGUUGGUCCACCUCCUGUCGACCUGGAAGACCAUCUCCUUUAUUGGCUGUGCAAUCCAGAUGUGUCUGAGCCUGUCCACAGGCUCCACAGAGUGCCUGCUACUCACCAUCAUGGCCUACGAUCGCUACCUGGCCAUUUGCUGGCCGCUCAGGUACCCGGUGCUCAUGAGCCACAGGCUCUGCUUGUUGCUGGCAGGAGCCGCCUGGGUCCUCUGUCUCUUCAAGUCAGUGACUGAGACAGUCAUCGUCAUGAGGCUGCCCUUCUGUGGCCACCACGUGGUCAGUCACUUCACCUGCGAGAUCCUGGCAGUGCUGAAGCUGGCAUGCAGUGACACGUCAGUCAGCGAGGUCUUCCUGCUGGUGGGUUCCAUUCUGCUGCUGCCGGUGCCCCUGGCACUCAUCUGCCUGUCCUACAUGCUUAUCCUGGCCACCAUCCUGAGGAUGCCCUCCGCUGCUGGGCGCCGCAGGGCCUUCUCCACCUGCUCGGCGCACCUGGCUGUGGUGCUGCUUUUCUAUGGCACUAUUAUCUUCAUGUACAUGAAACCCAAGAGCAAGGAGGCCCGAGUCUCUGACGAGGUCUUCACGGUCCUCUACGCGGUGGUCACGCCCAUGCUGAACCCUGUCAUCUACAGCCUGAGGAACAAGGAGGUGAAGGAGGCUGCCAGGAAGGUGUGGGGCAGACGAUGGACCUCCAAGUAA